CUCCAAUGAUUCCAAACUUAAAUAUGAAGAACUGCAUUGAUCUUGGUAUUACUUCAUACAGUAGUACACCUACAAGUAUGCCUGAUUUAAUGAAUGCCUUAUUACCGGCGCUCGAAUCAUAUGCCUCAGUACCAAGCGAUUUUGCAGGACAACAACCGUUGGAAAUUUUAAUGGCUGAGGACAAUAUUGUAAAUCAAAGAUUGGCUGUAAGGAUAUUAGAAAAAUUCGGACAUAAAGUUGAAAUAGUGUCAAAUGGUAAAUUAGCUGUUGAACAAUUCAAAUGUAAACGUUACGAUCUGAUUUUGAUGGAUGUGCAAAUGCCAAUAAUGGGUGGUUUUGAAGCCACACAAAAAAUACGUGAAUACGAACAAGAUAAAGGAGGCCAUGUGCCUAUUAUAGCAUUAACAGCUCACGCAAUGAUAGGUGAUCGGGAGAAAUGCCUCUCGGCUGGAAUGGACGAAUACGUUACAAAACCAUUAAGGAUGAAUGACUUAAUUGCUACUAUAAACAAAUUUCCCGUAAAAAACCCAAUUGAAGAAAUACAAAUUGCUGAUCAACGCAAUCUACCUCAUGU